GCGACUCCAACACCUCCGGAGCCGCCGGGAUGAGCGCCUCCCGCCGCCCUCUGCUCCGAACCCGGCCUUUCUGACAGGAGGUUUGAAGAUUGCUAAAACAUUACAAUCAUGGUGCAAAAAUACCAGUCCCCAGUGAGGGUGUAUAAACACCCCUUUGAGUUAAUAAUGGCUGCCUAUGAAAGGAGAUUUCCUACAUGUCCUCUGAUUCCAAUGUUUGUACACAGUGACACUGUGAAUGAAUUUAAGAGUGAUGAUGGGGCUAUUCAUGUUAUUGAACGACGCUGUAAACUGGAUAUAGAUGCACCCAGACUAUUGAAAAAGAUUGCAGGAGUUGAUUAUGUUUACUUUGUUCAGAAAAAUUCAUUAAACUGCCGAGAACGGACCUUACACAUAGAGGCUCAUAAUGAAACAUUUUCCAACCGGGUCAUCAUUAAUGAGUACUGCUGUUACACAGUUCACCCUGACAAUGAAGACUGGACCUGUUUUGAACAGUCUGCAAGUCUGGAUAUUAAAUCUUUCUUUGGUUUUGAAAGCACUGUGGAAAAGAUUGCAAUGAAGCAGUAUACCAGCAACAUUAAAAAAGGAAAAGAAAUCAUUGAAUAUUAUCUACAUCAGUUAGAGGAAGAGGGUAUCACAUUUGUACCCCGCUGGACUCCUCCAGUCUCAUGCUCCUUAAAGAAAACUUCAUCUUGCAGCAAACAUCCAGUGUCAGCUGCUCUUAGCAUACCAGAUUCACCACCAAAGGAAGGAUUGAAUAAUGAAAUUCUUACUUCUAACAGUUCCUCUGAGCUUGUGGUUGGGACACCUGAUGACAAAUUGGAUGCUGACUACAUCAAAAGGUAUCUGGGUGAUUUGACUCCACUACAAGAAAGCUGUCUGAUCAGGCUUCGACAGUGGCUUCAGGAAACCCAUAAGGGCAAAAUCCCUAAAGACGAGCACAUAUUACGUUUCCUCCGUGCUCGUGACUUCAAUAUUGACAAAGCUAGAGAAAUCAUGUGUCAAUCAUUAACCUGGCGAAAGCAGCACCAAGUGGACUACAUUCUUGAUACAUGGAACCCUCCCCAAGUACUUCAAGAUUACUAUGCAGGAGGCUGGCAUCACCAUGACAAAGAUGGGCGUCCACUCUAUGUGCUUAGGCUGGGACAGAUGGAUACCAAAGGUUUAGUUAGAGCACUUGGAGAAGAGGCUUUGCUGAGAUAUGUUCUCUCAAUAAAUGAAGAAGGAUUAAGAAGAUGUGAAGAAAAUACAAAAGUGUUUGGCCGACCUAUCAGUUCAUGGACUUGUCUGGUAGAUUUGGAAGGACUGAAUAUGAGGCAUUUAUGGAGACCUGGAGUAAAAGCACUGCUCAGGAUCAUUGAAGUUGUUGAAGCCAAUUACCCUGAAACAUUGGGUCGCCUUCUUAUACUCCGAGCUCCAAGGGUAUUCCCUGUCCUGUGGACACUGGUUAGCCCAUUCAUUGAUGACAAUACAAGAAAGAAGUUCCUUAUUUAUGCAGGCAAUGAUUACCAGGGUCAAGGGGGCUUGCUGGAUUAUAUCGAUAAGGAGAUUAUCCCAGAUUUCCUAAGUGGAGAAUGCAUGUGUGAAGUACCAGAGGGUGGGCUAGUUCCCAAAUCUCUGUACAGGACUGCAGAGGAACUAGAAAAUGAAGACCUAAAACUCUGGACUGAAACCAUCUACCAAUCUGCAAGUGUUUUCAAAGGAGCACCACAUGAGAUUCUUAUUCAAAUUGUGGAUGCCUCUUCUGUGAUAACUUGGGAUUUUGAUGUGUGCAAAGGUGACAUUGUUUUUAACAUCUAUCACUCCAAGAGAUCACCACAACCUCCUAAAAAGGACUCUGUGGGAGCUCACAGCAUUACUUCUGCAGUAGGGAAUAAUGUGCAAUUAAUAGACAAAGUGUGGCAGCUGGGACGAGAUUAUAGCAUGGUGGAGUCCCCGCUCAUUUGCAAAGAAGGAGAAAGUGUUCAGGGCUCACAUGUGACCAGAUGGCCAGGAUUCUAUAUCCUACAGUGGAAAUUUCACAGCAUGCCAGCUUGUGCCACAACCAGCUUACCACGAGUGGAUGAUGUACUAGCAUCACUGCAAGUUUCUUCUCAUAAAUGUAAAGUGAUGUAUUACACAGAAGUGAUUGGUUCUGAGGAUUUCAGAGGUUCUAUGACCAGCCUGGAAUCAAGUCACAGUGGUUUCUCCCAGCUAAGUGCUGCCACAACCUCUUCCAACCAGUCUCAUUCCAGUUCCCUGAUUUCCAGGUAGUGCAGCAGCACGAAUGAAAAAUGCACAGAUGAAAUGAGAUGGCAGGAUCUCCUCAGUGACAGCCAACUGCACUACAGCAAACUCUGCAGUGACAUUUGUGCAAAUUCCUCUUAUAUAGAAAAAUAGCAGUUCAGAUUUUAAGCAUAGUGAUUUUGAGCCUGAUGCUAAUUCGAAUAGGUAGUUUUAAUACUAAGCCUAACUUUAAACUCAGUAGCCAUAAAUUUUAUAUACAGUGUGCACAAAAUCAAACUAAAGCACAAGGGCUCUUCUUGAAAAGAAUAGUUUGUAUACACUGAUUAAGAAGUAGACCAUUUAAAGUGUUGAUGCAAAAAAAAAAAUUUUUCCAACAAACUACCAUGGUGCAUUAGUGAAUGAAUUCCUAUGAGAUCCUUCAUAAAUUAAACAGUUCCUUCUUCCUAUAAUAGACCAGAAACCUUCCAACUUGUCUCCCAUAAAUCCCAUCUUUGUCUUCUCGUGUUCUUCCUACUAUUCUUUUGAAAUAGUGUGCAUGUAAAAUGGCAACUCACUGGACACUUUUCCCUCCAUGAAGCCCCUUAUUAGAUCUGGAAUGAUACACAAACAACUCCAUUGGAAACUUAUAUCCCUGCUAUAGCGGACUUGAAGUGUUAGUCAGUGAAAGGGAAUUUAAAGGGGGCCGCCCUAACUCAAAAAAAACCUCUUGUAUUUGUAAAACUACACUUUCCCUAUCCUUCUCUACAUAUCUGUUUGAUACUUUCCUAGUUCUCCAAGUUAGGGAUCAGAUUUACAUUUAUUUUCAGUUUGAGCUUUAACCCUCUUGAGAACUGUCCUUCAUACCUGAGGUACAUCUAAGUGAGUAAGUGCCCAAACUAUCUCCUGAACUUUUUGUAGCUUCUCUCCUGUAUCCCUGAUACCACAAUGCAUUCUUGAAACUUAAUGUACUAAACCAUGGUUGUUGGAACCUAAAUAUUUAUUAACUAAAGGAGAUUUCAUUUGGAAAAUAGCAUGUCACCAGCAACCAUUCUUUCUUGUAGUAUUUUGUGACUUUCCCAACUAACAGCCUAAUUUUGUGUUACUACCAUCAGCAUUUUCUAUUCAGCAGAGUGGCUUUUGUAGAAGCCCUGCUUUGUACACAAGAACUGAAUCUUCCUUUUCUUUAUAACAGAAGCUUAGUUUAUGUUAUAUCAGGAUCCUGUGUAGAAGAAAUCAAAACAUGCAAUUAACUUGCCUUUUAAAUUUUUUCUUAAAUUCCCAGGGACAAAAAAACCUGCCUUGUCUUUAAUCCUGUUUUAGGAAAAGCAGGUAACUUAAAAAUGUGUCCUAAAGAGAAACUGGAGAAGCCUCAUUAAUGAAAUUUGAAAGCAUGCUUUUUGUGUUGUUUUUAGAAAUUGUGCCAAAACCUAAAAGGCAUUAUGUAUGAAUUGUUUUAAAAACAAAGCUAUUUCUUAAGGCAUCAAUUGGGCUGUCCUUGUGGCCAGAGAGCUUUGUCAAGUGUGUGUAUGUGUGUGUGUUGUGUUUGAGCCAAGAGUUGAGGGAGGCAGGAACUAAGAGCAGAUAGUUGAAAAAAUCCAGCCUCCUGACACCAAUUAAUUAAGUUCUUCCAAACCUAGCUUAUUCCCAGAAAGAGUUCUUUGACUUUUAUUUCAAUUGCCUGCCUUUCUAGACAUUAUCUAUGUUGUUUUUCAUAGGAUGAGCUUAACACCAGAAUCUUGUUUUCAGAAAACAUGAUAAGGGUUAUUCAUAUCGGUGGCAUUUGUACUGCUUCCAGAUAGUGCUUCCUAUUUUCUAAGUUAUAAGGACCUGAAGGUGGUCCUCUCUUCUCUUCUCUCUCUCCUUAUGUUUGUCUCAGAUGGCGAUUUUGCUGACAGCUGCAAUGAAAGUGCUUCACUCAACUAUCUGCAUCUGCCCAGAAAUGUUUGUAGAGCUUUUUGAAUUGUAGCCAUUUUAAGUUGGCUCAAAGUGACAUGUCUAUUUUCUUUGAGAAUUUAAUAUCUUUAAGAGCUCAUUACUACACAAAUGCUUACAGAGUUUAUUCAUGAGGAAAGUAAGAUCUCAUUCUCCCUUUAAGAGGAUUGAUGUGACAAACAUAACCAGAUUUAGUUUGCAAUAUGUCUAUAUAUAUAAUUUUGCUAUUUUGCUUCUUUUUUUUCACUCAAAGUGUGAUACUAUUAUUGCUCUCAUCUUUUGGCACCAAUAAUUCUUUUGGCUUCUCCCCUAUAUUAUUAGUGUCUUAAGCCUAUCCUUCUUUCUGAAUUCAUUAUUCACAUAUCAAAUUCUGUAAAUGAUUAUAAACAUAUUACCUCACUCUUGGUAAUAAGAUACUGAUAGUCUUUAAAAGAUUUUUUUAUUGUUAUCAAUAAUAAAUGUGAACUGUUUAAAGAAAAAAAGUAUUUAUUUCUUGACUGGAUUCAACCUGCCUAAUUCAGAGUUUGGAAAUCCUACUUAGUGGAAAUGAGUAAAGAAGCUUUGGAGAUUUAAAUUUUGAUUUUGCCUUCUCGAUGUUACCUCCCUUUCCCAAGAAGUAUUUUGGCUCUUCAUUUUAGUAGUUUCAAGGAAGACUUAAGAGUGUGCCUUAGAUUAAUAGCCCUGGACUUGUUGAUAUUUAGCAAAACUGGUCAUGCUUCUUUUCUUCCACUCAUCAGAAUAUGUGAUGUUCUUCAGUUGUUAAAAGAACCACAGUCUUGGGAGGAGAAACACAGAAGAAAAACAACCACUUAAACACAUGGGCUGAUGGGGAUAUUAUUGG